UCAUAAGAGACCGACGGCAUGUGGAGACCGGAGACUUUAGAGCAGAGCAUUUACAGAUUAUUGAAGCUGAUAUAGAUUGUCAGUCCUGUGAAAAAGGCAAAGGGUCUCCUGGAAAUCUCCCUUGUAAUUUGUGACUCCUGACUUAUCAAUGGAAGAGAAGUGUGGAAUUGCGAAUGACAUCACUGAACUCAUAGGGAAUACCCCAAUGGUAUAUCUCAAGAAUGUUGUGGAUGGUUGUGCUGCACGUAUUGCUGCCAAAUUGGAGACUAUGAAUCCCUGCUCAAGUGUAAAAGACAGGAUCGCAUACAGUAUGAUAAAAGAUGCAGAAGAGAAGGGUCUAAUUACCCCUGGCAAGACGGUCCUUCUCGAGGUGACCAGCGGUAACACUGGCAUUGGUCUUGCAUUCAUUGCUGCAACUAGGGGCUACAAACUUAUCACAGUUAUGCCACACACGUAUAGUCUCGAAAGAAGGAUUAUCCUCCUUGCUUUUGGAGCUGAGUUAUACAUCACCGAUGCAGCAAAAGGUAUUGAUGGAGUUCUCAAGAAAGCCGAGGAAAUAAUGGAGGCAACACCAAAUUGUUUUUUUCUCAAGCAAUUUGAGAACCGUGCUAAUCCAAAGAUACACUACGAAACCACUGGACCAGAGAUAUGGAAAAACACUGAAGGGAAAGUUGACGCCCUGGUUGCAGGGAUUGGAACUGGGGGUACAGUUACUGGUGCCGGAAAGUUUCUUAAGGAGAAAAAUGCGGACAUCAAAGUAUAUGGAAUUGAACCUGCUGAAAGUGCAAUACUGAGUGGAGAAAAACCGGGUCCUCAUAAAAUUCAAGGAAUUGGUGCUGGCUUCAUCCCUCCAGUUUUAGACAUCAAUAUACUUGAUGAAGUUAUUCAAAUAUCAAGUGAUGAAGCUAUUGAAACAACAAAACUUCUUGCACUCAAGGAAGGUUUGCUGGUGGGCAUUUCUUCAGGUGCUGCUGCAGCUGCUGCGAUAAAGUUAGGAAGAAGGCCUGAAUAUGCUGGAAAACUCAUAGUAGUAAUCUUUGCCAGUGCUGGGGAGCGUUAUAUCUCUACAGUACUGUUUGACUCAUUGCGGAUAGAAGCAGCAAACCUGAAUUUCGACUAGGUGCUCCACACUCGCACCUGCAUUUUCAGAAACAGUUCAGAGGACUUUUGAGUGGUUUAAGGUGGCAUUGUGAUACAUCUUUUUAUUUACCUUUUUUGAAGCUCAGCCACAACUGUAGCUGUUGAGUACUUCUUUGAUUAGUGGAAAGUGGCCUCUCUAUACAUGAUAUAGACACAGUUCCUCUUGUUGCAGAAUUCUCUUCCA